GAAUAAACUCAGAUAAAUAAUUUUUUAUUUUUAUAAAGAAUAAUAGUUAAAGAUAUUAUUACUUUUUUUUUUUUUUUUUUAAAAAUAAAAACAAAUUAUAUUAUAAUAAAUAACAAAUAAACAAAUUAUUUAAUAUGACAUUGUCAAUUGCCAAACCGUUCGUAUCGAUUUUUAAAAAGAGUAAAUCAAAGAGUAACAAGGGGACUAUAAAUACCACCGAAAAUGAUAUUGGGAUAAAUAAUGAAAAAUGUGAAGAUAAUAAAAUAAUAGAAGAAAUUUACACGAUUCAGUAUCAAAUAACAGAUGAAGGCUCAUGUAGAGGGGCAUCCCCGGAGGUUAAAUAUAUAGAAAGAACCAUCAAAAUUAACGAAGAUGGAGUUUAUUUGUAUGAUAAAGACCAACUAACUUGCCAUUGGGGUUUCGUUGAUAUCAAAGAGUUUUCAUUGGACCACAAUUGGUCUGAUUGGAUUAUAAUUUUAAGAGAUGGCUCUAAACAUUAUUUCAAGUCUUACGAGGCACUUCAAGUUCAUCUAAAAAUGAAUGAAAUUGUAAGAAAGUUAGUUAGUAGAGUUUCCUCAUCAAGUUUGUAAAUAGUAGUCAUCAUAAUCAUAUAUUUAUAUAAUUUAAAUUAAAUUAAAAAAUACCCCAAUAUUCAAUAAUAAUUAUUAUAAAAAAUAAUAUAUAUAAAUUAUAUAUAUUCACCCUUGUAAAUAUAUAUAAAUUGUAUAUAUUCACCCCUGUAAAUAGUUUUUUUUAUAUAAAGAUAAAAAAAAAAAAUUAAAUAAAGAAUUUUAUAUAUAAAAU